AUGUGCGCAUUCUCUCGUGCUUGUAGUUUCGACCCAUCAGUGUGCAGUCGUCAAACACUUGUUGUCAAUUCGAUUACUCGCGUCGCUGGAAUAAGAAGACUUAUCGAUUCCCUUCGCUCAUAUAAAGACUUCAAUCGGCGGAGCAUCCGACAUUACUACCUGAAGAAAAUGGUCGUGAAAACGUUGAGACUGGACGAGGAACUCGCGAACACGGGGUACUCGACUAGAUGGGUACUGGACAAGUUGGAAAAGCAUUGUGAUGACUAUGUGGCGGCGAAAGGAGACAAGAGAGUGGUUGAUGUAAGUCAUGAUCAUUGUCACGGAAAAAGAAAAAGUUCUCGAAGUUUCACGCACAUAGGUUUGUCUCGCAGGCGCAUGAUCUAUUUUCUCGAAUUUUCAAGUUGUGAAAUCAAUAGCUCACCCCUUUUUGGAUGAAGCUGAUAUAUUCAAGGAUCCUUGCAGACGGAAUUGCAUAGGAGAGAAAGAAAAUAGAGCUGAAUCCUUGUUGGGAUCACACACAUGCUAAAAAAGGCAUCUGCAACAGCAGAAAUUUGGAAAAAAAAUUCAAAAUUGAGACGAAUAUCUAACCCAUUCUUGCAGAUCGAAGCCAACGAUGUCUCCGACGGAAAAGGUUAUCUUUCGCGAGUGUUCGUCACCGAAGUCACGUUCCACGACAACAGCUCUUUCAAGUUGGCCAUGAAGAUCCCUACUUGCGAUAUUCUGGAAGAGAAGUUUCUUUCAAUGGAAGGAAUGAAAGAAGUGAGUUUUUAAAAAUUUCUUGCUGCCUUUUCAAGUUAGCGCUGUUCCCGUAAGCAAAUUACUUCAAGUGUGACGCUCAGGCUUUGAUAAAACCUGGCACAAGUUUAGAAAUUUUUGACAUAUGUGAGACUCCAAGAUCGCGGCUUUCUGAAAUGACAGAUAUUUUUCGGAAAAACGUGACACUUUUUCUGGAUUUGAAAAUUUUGUGGCUAUUUCUACCAUAGAGAGUAAUUUUUCUACAAAAAAUGUGGCCGAAAAGCUCUCUUUGAUCUCUUAUUGCUCUCCGCAUUUCGCGUACUCCCUCGGCGAUGAAGAUUUUUUAACAUCUUGGCUGCCCUUGUAAGGCAUGAGCUGGCCAUCCCCUAUGCCCGAAAUAUUAAACUAACCAAAUUCUGAGCGUCGCACUGGGGCAACUUCCCUGGUCGGUUAUAACGACUCCUUUUCCAGGACGUCGCCAAAGUGGUGGUGGAGAACCUCAUGGAAUCGCACAACAUUGAAUGCGACGCCAUUUCCUUCGUCGCGUCUUUCAAAGACUUCCCUGCGCCAAAAAUCUACUACGUCGAAAAGAUGCGAGAGGGCCGUGAAAGUGGCCUGGAAGGUCGAGAGGCGCCCGGUGUGAUCAUGAUGAACGCAUUGGACGGCGCGUCGUUGGGAGUUGUAAAGAGCGUCACCAAAGAGCAGUGCAUCAAUUUUGCGCUCGACUUCGCCACACUGCAUGAUCAUGUAGCGCAGGCGUCGGAGGAAAAAUGGAGAAACAAGUUUAACAGUACGAUGCAUUGGGAUACCGGAAUGGCCGAGACAGGGGUGAUGGCGUUGCAAAAGUUCGAAAAAGCAUAUCCUGGUGAGUUCAAGCAAUAAAACGUCAUCUUUAAAGUGCAGAAAAUGCAACUACAGGGACCUGAUCCAGUGGCAAAAAAAAGUACCGUUUUGCAUCCGGGAAGUAUCAAAAAAUGUGGCAAAAUGCUUCCCACUCCAAAAAACCAAGUUUUUUCACUUGGAUAGGGAGACAUUUUGCCACAUUUUUGAUGCUUCCCGUAUGCAAAAUGGUACGUUUUUUGCCACCGGAUCGGGUCCUUCACUGUAUAUAAAAAAAAACUCGUCUGUAAAUUGUAAAACAGGCUUCAACUUUCCCUAUUUCAGAGCUUUCCGAGAUCUGUGGCAUACUGCAAAACCUGGACUGGGUCAAAUACACUCUUUAUGCUCUAAAGCACCGUCCAGCACAGCUGAACGCCUGGACAUACGUUCACGGCGACGCAUGGACUAAUAACGUCAUGUUCAAGAAGAACCCGGAUGGGAGUGUCUCCGACCAAGUCUUGGCUUACAUCGAUUAUCAAAUUGGGUUUGAAGGUGAGCCGGAGCAAUCAAAAUCAGUUUUUUAUCCAUAAAAGUAAAUUAUUAAAAGUCAAUUUCAGGUAACCCAAUCUUCGAUAUCUGCCGAUUCCUGACCAUCUGCGCUGACGCCGAGAUUCGACGAGAGGCUGAGCCAGUCGUUCUGAAAACUUAUCAUGAUCGCCUUACCUCACUGUUCGCGAAGCGAGGAGAAAAAGUGCCCUAUAGUUUGGAGGAUGUACGUUUCUUCAGGCUUUGGUUGUAGCAAUUCCUUCCACAUUUCAGGUGCAAGAACUUUAUGACCUUUCCUUCGUCCAUCAAACCCUGCAAUCAGCGCUGGUUACGUCAUUCAUGGGAAAAGAACAUGCGGAACAAUUCACCCCGGAAGUAUUAGAAGCUCAGAUGGCGAAACUUUUACUCCGGUCUAAAUUUAAUCUUAUGGAUGCUGAGAAGAUUUGGAAAGCAAGAAAAUUGGCAAAAGUUUGUAGCGGUCUUGUCGCCGAUUCGUAA